CUGGUGUGCUAUCUUUCGCAACCCGCCUAAACUGUUUAGCUUUGCAAGUCUUCUAAUGGCUAUGGAUGAUGUGAGGGAACCUUUGAUUUCAGCACUAGGAGAUCCUUCACCUCAAACAAAUCAAAAGAAUCCUAUGAAGAGUAGAACAUAUCGCCGUUGCAAAAGUGCUCCUCUUGCAGAGUAUGUACCCUUAAAGACAACCGACACUGGCUCAGUUCCAGUUACUGAAUCCAUUCUUCAAAAUUUACGCCCGAAUUUUCAGAAAGUAGCUCUAUUCUUGGCUGUCUACUUAGGCAUAGGAACUAUCUGCUUCUACCUCGUCAGGAACCAGAUCAAGGGAGAGAAGACAAAUGGAGUUCUUGAUGCUGUUUAUUUCUGUAUUGUGACAAUGACCACUGUUGGAUAUGGAGACCUAGUGCCAAACAGCAUUCUUUCGAAACUACUGGCUUGUGCUUUUGUCUUCACAGGAAUGGCUCUUGUUGCGUUGAUCUUGAGCAAAGCAGUCGACUACUUGGUUGCAAAGCAGGAAAUAUUUCUUGAUAAAGCCUUACAUAUGCAUCAAAAAGUAGGUUGUAUUGAAGUUCUUAAAGAUGUUGAGACUAACAGUUUGAGGUACAAAUGCAUUGUGGCCUUUAUCCUUCUUUCGGUAAUCAUAAUUGCUGGCACAAUCUUCCUAGCUACUGUUGAGAAAUUGGACCUUGUGGAUGCAUUUUAUUGCGUUUGUUCUACCAUCACAACCCUGGGGUAUGGAGAUAAGAGCUUUUCAACUCGAGCAGGGCGUGUUUUUGCAAUAUUCUGGAUAUUGACAAGUACCAUUUGUUUAGCUCAGUUUCUCCUCUACGUUGCUGAGCUAAACGCCCAGAACAGGCAAAGGGCAUUGGUCAAGUGGGUUCUUUCUCGUAGGAUGACAAAUGUAGAUUUGGAGGUAGCUGAUCUUGAUGGUGAUGGGGUUGUUGGGGCUGCUGAAUUUAUCAUAUAUAAGCUCAAAGAGAUGGGGAAGAUUAGCCAAGAGGAUAUUAGACUUGUGAUGGAGGAAUUCGAUGAUCUCGACGUUGAUAAGUCAGGGACCUUGUCGACAUCAGAUAUAAUGCUUGCUCAACCACCUCAAACAGAAAAGUAACUCUGGGAUUUUGCUGUGGUUUCACGUUUACCUGGAAAUGUUGAGUGUCUCAAAAGUUUCCUGUUAGUUUGUGCUAUGUAUGUUUGCUUACCCUUUCUGUGAUAUAAAUCUUUAUACAUAAGGCCAUAUCAGAAACACUCCCAAUAUAUCUCUUCCCUAUGAACACUUCGGUUAAAAUGGUUAGACUGCCUCAAAGCAUUUUAGUGAUCAUUGUUCAUUUUGGUACUGGAUUGAUGCAAUGUGUGAAAUCAAAUUGCACGAUGACAAUUGCUAGCAUUGAAAUUUUGCAUUUC